AUGGCCAAAACUUUAAGAGACUCUGUCAUGGAAUCGGCAGGCUGGAUGCAUGCCUGUGCUACCAAGAGAAAUGCCAGACCAUCGCCAACAGACGAGAGGCGCCCAUACUGUAUUGGUUUUUCCGGAUUGAAGUGCGAGUCGUCCAAGGUCUCGACUCUCUCCUCGAAUCGACGGAUGAAGUUCCGUCGCCCUCGCCUACCGCGUCUAAUCCCAAUCCCCCUGCUCGCCAGUGCCUCCCAUGUCACUGGCCCAUUACGCUACCGUGUCGAAAGACCCCUCCCGCCGCCCGCGACGGCAGCCUCAUGA